CGCACUCCGCAUGCGCAGCACAGCCGGGCACGCGCGGGGAUUGGCUUUAGGGGCGGGGCCAGAGCGGUAUGAGGCAUCACGUGGGGCAAAUCGGGAGCUGCCAUUGGCUUCGGGGAGGGGAAAAAGAGGCGUGCUACUUCCUGGUUACUGCAGUGCGCGUCGAGGUGACGGUGUGGCUGGAGCUCUGUGGCGGAGCAGGAUGCUGGUGUUAGUACUUGGGGACCUCCACAUCCCACACCGAUGCAGUGGUCUACCAGCAAAGUUCAAGAGCCUGCUGGUUCCAGGGAAGAUUCAGCAUAUUUUGUGCACAGGAAACCUCUGCACCAAGGAGAGCUAUGACUACCUCAGGACUUUGGCUGGGGACAUUCAUGUUGUUAAGGGGGACUCUGAGAGUCUGAAUUACCCCGAACAGAAGGUAGUAACUGUUGGGCAGUUCAGAAUUGGAUUGAUUCAUGGCCAUCAAGUUAUUCCCUGGGGUGAUGUGGCAAGCUUGUCAUUGCUGCAGAGGCAGCUGGAUGUAGAUAUUCUUAUCUCAGGACACACACACAAAUUUGAAGCCUUUGAGCAUGAAAAUAAGUUCUACAUCAACCCGGGAUCAGCUACAGGAGCCUACACUGCUUUAGAAACGAACGUCACUCCUUCAUUUGUACUGAUGGAUAUCCAGGCUUCCACAGUUGUGACUUAUGUAUACCAGCUAAUUGAGGAUGAUGUGAAAGUAGAAAGAAUUGAAUUCAAGAAAUACUGAUACAUGUUUGAGUCUGCUUGCUAACUUCUUACCACCUCAUUCCUUCUCUAGUUGAAGCUGAAACAGGCCACAUGGGGGUGCUGCUGCGGCGGUGUGUUGGGUUGUAAUCAGCUGCAAGGCGUAACUGUGAGCUUAUAAAGUUCACAACUAGGGCUUAGAGGAGAAGAAACUGUUUAACAGAAAUUGACAUAUAUAUAUAAAUCUUGUAUCUAAGAAGGAGGUGCUGUUGUUCCUGCUUCGUGGUGUUACAGCUAUUGGUACUUUAGGAUUGAACCUUCUGUGUAAAGUGAGCAUAGAAUAAAAUAAUAUUUUCAUGUUUCUGGA